UGUGCAGAGAGAAGGCACCUGGAGAGUGCCCCAAGGGACUUACAGCGCAGUGCACGCUCCUUGGAACGCUGAGUCAGAGCCGGGGGCCUCGGACCCAGGGCGGGGAGGGGUUCCGGGGAAGGGAAGGAUGCAGGUGGGGGAGGGGUAUGGACUCCGGGAGUGGAAGGGAAGGAUUGGGGGAGGUUGGGGGGGAAAGAACGCGGGGAGGAGCCAGGGCGCAGGGAGGGAGCUCAGGGACCCAGAGAGGGGAGGCACGCGGGGAGGGGCGAUCGUGGACUCCUGGAGGGCAGACAGACGUGGGAAGGGAGGACGCGGCUGGAGCAGGAGGCGGCGGGAGGAAGAGGAGGGCGCGUGGCGCGGCUGACGUGGGCUGGGGUCGCUCAGAGGGCUGUGCGCAGCAGCGGCGCGCAGCGACAGAAUCCCCCGGCGAGGACGAGCGAGCGCAGCGCCCGCACCUCCCUGCACUGCUCGCGCCGCGCACCUCAAGGAGCGGCCGCCGCCGUUCCCGAGCUCGAGCCACAUUCCCUCUGCAUCUGCCCCACACUCCUCCCGCUCUGGGCCCCGCCAUGACCCAGGCAGUGUGGUCGCGCCUCAGCCGCAUCCUCUGGCUCUCCUGCCUCCUGCCCUGGGCCCCGGCUGGGGUGGCCGCAGGCCUGUAUGAACUCAAUCUCACCACUGAUAGCCCCACCACAACGGGAGCGGAAGUGACCAUCUCGGCCAGCCUGGUGGCCAAGGACAACAGCAGCCUGGUCCUGCCUGCCGAUGCCCACCUCUACCGCUUCCACUGGAUCCACACCCCCCUGCUGCUUACCAGCAAGACGGAGGAGGGUCUCAGCUCCACCAUCCGUGUGGUUAGCCACGUGCCCGGGGACUUCCCCGUCUCCGUCUGGGUCACUGCCGCCGACUGCUGGAUGUGCCAGCCCGUGGCCAGGGGCUUCGUGGGUCUCCCCAUCACAGAGUUCCUCGUGGGGGACCUUGUUGUCACCCAGAACACCUCCCUGCUCUGGCCCAGCUCCUAUCUCACUAAGACAGUCCUUAAAGUCUCCUUCCUCCUCCACGACCCGAGUGACUUCCUCAAGACCGCCUUGUUUCUCUACAGCUGGGACUUCGGGGAUGGGACCCAGAUGGUGACUGAAGACUCCGUGGUCUAUUAUAAUUAUUCCAUCAUUGGGACCUUCACCGUGAAGCUCAAAGUGGUGGCAGAAUGGGAAGAGGUGAAGCCGGAUGCCACGAAGGGUGUCAUGCAGAAGACAGGCGACUUCUCUGCCUCACUGAAGCUACAAGAAACCCUUCGAGGAAUCCAAGUCUUGGGGCCCACCCUAAUUCAGACCUUCCAAAAGAUGACUGUGACCUUGAACUUCCUGGGGAGCCCUCCUCUGACUGUGUGCUGGCGUCUCAAGCCCGAGUGCCUCCCGCUGGAGGAAGGGGAAUGCCACCCUGUGUCGGUGGCCAGCACAGCAUACAACCUGACCCACACCUUCAGGGACCCUGGGGACUACUGCUUCAGCAUCCGGGCUGAGAAUGUCAUCAGCAAGACUCAUCAGUACCACAGGAUCCAGGUGUGGCCCUCCAGCAUCCAGCCGGCUGUCUUCGCUUUUCCAUGUGCUACACUUAUCACUGUGAUGUUGGCCUUCAUCAUGUACAUGACCCUACGGAAUGCUACUCAGCAAAAGGACAUGGUGGAGAACCCGGAGCCGCCCUCUGGGGUCAGGUGCUGCUGCCAGAUGUGCUGUGGGCCCUUCUUGCUGGAGACUCCAUCUGAGUACCUGGAAAUUGUUCGUGAGAACCACGGGCUGCUCCCGCCCCUCUAUAAGUCUGUCAAAACUUACACUGUGUGAUCGCUCACCCUCCCCACCCCAUCUCAGUGUUAACUGACUGCUGACUUGGAGUUUCUGGCAGGGUGGUAUGUACCACUGACCAGGAGGGGUUCAUGUAUGUGGGGCUGUUGGCCUGGUCCAUCCAUCCAUCUGUACAGUCCAGCCACUGCCACAAGCCCCUCUCUGUCACCCCUGCCCCCAGCCAUUCAACCGUCUGUACAGUCCAGCCACUGAUGUAAGCCCCUCUCAGUUACCACUCCCUUGAUCCCCUACCUUUGAAGAGGCUUCAUGCAGGACUCUGACACUUGGGGUGCUCCAUGUUCACUCCCAGGUGGGCCUGGAUGCCCACUGCCCAUUCCUCUCAUAUUGGCACAUCUACUGUCCAUUGGGGGUCCUCAAUUUCCUCCCUCAGACAGCCCUGUCUAUGCCAGAGAGCUGGGAAGAAGGUCACAAAGGGUUAAAAAUCCAUCACGAAAGGUUUGUCACAUGGACGGGCACACUCACAGAGACAAGUGUGCAGGUACACACACACACACAGAUUUAAACACAAGUCACAUGGGCAUUUCAGAGGAUCUGCUCUGUGUCCGGUUAAGUCAGUUGCUGGGAUGCACCCUGCACCUGAACUGAAAGGAAAUUUGACCCUCUCCAUGCAGCCCCAACAGGUUCUGGGCCCAGGCCCUCUUGUAUGCUUUGUCUCUGCAGUUCCUGCUCCCUUUAUAAGGCUUGCUGGCAGGGGGCUGGGGCAGGACUAACAGUGAGUGCAGAGUACUUUAUAAAUAUCACCCUAUUUUUAUCAAAAUCCAUAUGUGAAACUUUCAUCGAGGUAAAGGCCUUGCCAAAGCAGAGGUUGAGACAGUAGGGACUGGGGAUCCCUGUGUGUGACGGGGGGGCAUUCUUGCCGGCCAGCUGCUCCCGAGGUGGCCUUGAGAAGGAAGAAGCAGGUUGAUGGAACCUAAGCCAUGGAACCAGCCUGCGCCCUCCCCUCUGGCCCAGUGACCUGGGCGGUAGCUGAGGGAGACAAUAAUGGGGCCAGAAGUAGCCCAAGCCUGUUUGGGAAGGGAAGGGCAGGACUGUGGGGUCUGGGCUUUGUCACUGUAACCAUCUGCUCCCAGGCUGUGUGCUGAAAAUGGCAUUGACAUGAUUGUGCAGCUCAUUCUCAUGAAACACUACCAUUGUUGCUAAAUAAAGCUUGUGUGCUCUGAACGUAGCCAAGCAUCGA